CCCCCGGAAGUGGUCGCUGCGGGAUAUCGCCACUGACUCUGACUCCUGGCUGGCGAUGGGUUGCGACGGAGGAACAAUCCCCAAGAGACACGAACUGGUGAAGGGACCGAAGAAGGUUGAGAAGGUUGACAAAAAUGCUGAAUUAGUGGCCCAAUGGAACUAUUGUACUCUAAGUCAAGAAAUAUUAAGGCGACCAGUAGUGGCCUGUGAACUUGGCAGACUUUAUAACAAAGAUGCCGUCAUUGAGUUUCUAUUGGACAAAUCUUCCGAAAAGGCUCUUGGGAAGGCAGCAUCUCACAUUAAAAGCAUUAAGAAUGUGACAGAACUAAGGCUUUCUGAUAAUCCUGCCUGGGAAGGGGACAGAGGAAACACAAAAGGUGACAAACACGAUGACCUCCAGCGGGCACGUUUCAUCUGCCCCGUUGUGGGCUUGGAGAUGAAUGGCCGGCACAGGUUUUGCUUCCUGCGGUGCUGUGGUUGUGUGUUUUCUGAACGAGCCUUGAAAGAGAUAAAAGCAGAAGUUUGUCACACAUGUGGGGCUGCUUUCCAGGAGGACGACGUCAUCGUGCUCAACGGCACCAAGGAGGACGUGGAAACGCUGAAGAGGAGGAUGGAGGAGAGGAGGCUGAGGGCGAAGCUGGGGAAGAAAGCAAAGAAACCCAAGGCGGCAGAGUCUGUCUCAAAGCCAGGUGUCAGUGAAGAAUCUCCAGGGCCAUCAAAAAUUAAGACAGGGAAGCCUGAAGAAACCAGCCUUGAUUCUAGAGAGAAGAAAGCCAGCUCAGCUCCCAAAAGUGCAGCAGCAAAUGGGAGCUCUUUUGGAAAAGUCGGGAAGCCUCUGUGUGGAACCACAAAGAGGUCCAUUGCCGAAAGCGAAGAAUCGGAAGCUUACAAGUCCCUCUUCACGACUCACAGCUCCGCCAAGCGCUCCAAGGAGGAGUCCGCCCACUGGGUCACCCACACGUCCUACUGUUUCUGAAGCCGCGCAGGCGCCGUCCGGUUUCCAUGGGGCGGGUGGCGUGGGCGUUACUGCGCCCUGUUCUCUGCUAGCUCCCCCUUUGCGCCGAGCUAUAAAGUCCCCCCGAACCUCGGAGCUGGUGUGGUCGCUCAUGCUUGUGAGGCGCCUGGGUUCCCGCGGUGACG